AUUGUUUAUGUCCGAUUGACGCCAUUUUGUAGGUAGUCGUUUGUUAUAUUAAAAAAAUUAGGAAUUUCCUCGUUUCAAAUUCAAUUGAGUUUAUUUAUCGAAAAAGUUGUAUGUUUUAAUUUCAAAAUGUCUAAACGGAGGAUAGAAGUAAUGGAUCCUUUUAUUAAAAAGAAACGCGAGGAAAAAGCUGCGGCUCUUGCUAAAUCCGGUGGCAGUGGUGAAGGGUCCUCAGACACCGGGGCCAACCUAGGAACAGCUCUAUCUAGCACCUCAAGCGCGCCUGGGAUUAAUUCAUAUACGGGUCUACCACACUCCCCACGCUACCAUGAAUUGUUGCAAAAACGACUGGGUCUCCCUGUAUGGGAGUAUAAAAAUGAUUUCAUGCGUCUCCUCAACACACAUCAAUGUGUUGUGCUUGUUGGAGAAACAGGAUCUGGUAAAACUACCCAAAUUCCUCAGUGGUGCGUGGAAUUUGCUUGUGUCACUGCAAGUAAGUCCAAAGGUGUUGCCUGUACUCAGCCAAGAAGAGUAGCAGCCAUGUCAGUGGCUCAAAGAGUGGCUGAAGAAAUGGAUGUAGCAUUAGGACAGCAAGUUGGUUACAGUAUCCGUUUUGAAGACUGUUCAGGACCACAGACAGUAUUAAAAUACAUGACAGAUGGUAUGUUGCUUCGUGAGGCAAUGUCGGACCCAAUGCUAGAUCAAUACAGAGUAAUUUUACUUGACGAAGCUCACGAAAGAACAUUAGCAACAGAUAUUCUAAUGGGUGUCUUGAAAGAGGUUAUUAAGCAGAGACCAGACUUGAAACUAGUUAUUAUGUCUGCUACACUAGACGCUGGCAAAUUCCAACAAUACUUUGAUAAUGCACCACUAAUGAAUGUACCGGGACGAACACAUCCUGUAGAAAUCUUCUAUACACCUCAGCCCGAACGCGACUACUUACAGGCGGCCAUACGUACAGUAAUACAAAUACACUUAUGUGAAGAAGUUGCAGGUGAUAUUCUUCUGUUUUUGACUGGUCAAGAAGAGAUUGAGGAUGCCUGUAAGAGGAUCAAACGGGAGGUUGACAACUUGGGUCCUGAUGCAGGUGAACUAAAGUGCAUUCCAUUAUAUUCCACUCUGCCCCCAAAUCUCCAACAGAGAAUUUUUGAGCCUGCACCCCCAAACCGUCCCAACGGUGCUAUUGGAAGGAAAGUCGUGGUAUCAACAAACAUAGCUGAAACUUCUUUAACGAUAGAUGGUGUAGUGUUUGUGAUAGAUCCUGGUUUUGCUAAGCAGAAAGUGUAUAACCCAAGGGUCCGUGUAGAGUCUUUACUGGUGUCUCCAAUCAGUAAGGCUUCUGCCCAGCAGCGGGCUGGACGUGCCGGGAGAACUCGCCCCGGAAAGUGCUUCAGGUUGUACACAGAGACAGCCUACAAGAAUGAAAUGCAGGACAACACAUACCCAGAGAUUUUGAGAUCAAACUUAGGGUCUGUAGUUUUGCAGUUGAAAAAGUUGGGGAUUGAUGACCUCGUGCACUUUGACUUUAUGGACCCACCAGCCCCCGAGACGCUUAUGAGGGCUUUGGAACUGCUUAACUAUCUUGCUGCUCUGGAUGAUGACGGAAACCUAACAGACUUGGGUGCGGUGAUGGCAGAGUUUCCCUUAGACCCCCAGCUGGCGAAGAUGUUGAUUGCCAGCUGCAACCACAAUUGUUCCAAUGAGAUUUUGUCUAUCACAGCCAUGUUGUCAGUGCCCCAAUGCUUUGUUCGGCCAAACGAGGCGAGGAAAGCCGCAGACGAAGCCAAGAUGCGUUUUGCCCACAUCGACGGAGACCACCUCACAUUACUCAACGUUUAUCAUGCGUUUAAACAGAACAUGGAGGACCCCCACUGGUGCUACGACAACUUCAUCAACUACAGAUCACUCAAGUCUGGAGACAAUGUCAGACAACAGCUAAGCAGAAUUAUGGACAGAUUUAACCUGAAGAGGACAAGUACGGAGUUUGCGAGUAAAGAUUAUUACAUUAAUAUUAGAAAAGCCCUCGUCAAUGGAUUCUUUAUGCAGGUAGCUCACCUGGAGCGAAGCGGCCAUUACCUGACAGUGAAGGACAAUCAGAUCGUUCAGCUCCAUCCCUCGACCUGCUUGGACCACAAACCUGACUGGGUUAUUUACAAUGAAUUUGUGUUGACCACCAAGAAUUAUAUACGAACUGUUACGGAUAUUAAACCUGAGUGGCUCCUACGCAUUGCCCCACAGUACUACGAACUAAAUAACUUCCCGGUGUGCGAAGCGAGACGGCAGCUGGAACUGCUGCAGGAGCGUCUCGACUCCAAGUCCUACCAGGAGGGCUUCUAAAUUUACUUGGGGCCCCAAUGGGGGCCUUCCAGUAGUGGGUUCCAUUAAAAACUAAGUGAAUGCGUGACUUUUAUAUGUGCUAAGUUAGUAAAUGUAUUGGCACCUCCUGAAUACACCAAGAUAACUGGCUUAUUGAUGCAUAGGAUCCUUUGCCAGUUGGGAAUCAUCAUUUUUAUAAAGAUUUAAAAAAGUAAAAUGUUUCAAUUUCUAAUAUCCUGGAAUUUAAAAAGCCGGCGACGCAUAGACCCUGCCGUGGCACGCGUGUGCGUUGCCGGUUGUAUCGCUAUUUGAAGGACCCUUCUCAGCAAAAAAAAACUCAAAUCUUUAGGAAUCCUAAAUAACUGAAUUUAAAAGGCCGGCGACGCAUAGACACAUUGUCUAACUUGCGAGUGCGUUGCCAGUUAUAUCGCUAUUUGAAGGACCCUUCUCAGCGAAGAAAAACUAAAAUCUUUAAAAUUCUAAAAUCCUGGAAUUUAAAAGGCCGUCGACGCAUAGACUCAUUGCCAUGGGUCGCUGAAGAAUCCUGCAAAUAGUGCUACUUUAUUUGCAGGAUUCUUCAACGAGGCAUAACUGAACAUUGGGUUAGCCGUCUGCCUCAUCACAAAACUCCCCAGCACCGAUGCCACCAGCUCGUUGGUGAUGACUUUUGGUGAUGAAUAGAAUUUAAACUAGUAAUCUUUCCCUUUGUAAUUAAUUUGAUAGUUUAAUAGAUUUUGUUCGCAAUAUCCGAAAGGGGUUUAUAGCAUUUUUUUUUUUGCUAAAUGUUGGGCGAUGUUACAGAAGUAUGCUAAUUAUACUUUAAUACAA